AUGAUGGCCCCCCCUAAGCGCGGAGGCCAGGGCCUGUCCUUCCUUUUCUGCUGUAUGAAGGGCAGUGACCAUCCCGAGAUAACAUACCGUAUGCGGGAGGGCAGCAGCUUCACCCUGCAGACCAUGGAGCCCACCCUGCCCAUGCCCCCCACAGAAGAACUGGACGUCAUGUUCUCCGAACUGGUGGACGAGUUGGACCUCACAGAUAAACACAGAGAGGCCAUGUUCGCUCUGCCUGCCGAGAAGAAAUGGCAGAUCUACUGCAGCAAGAAGAAGGAGCAGGAGGAGACUAAAGGAGCAACAAGCUGGCCAGAGUAUUACAUAGACCAGAUCAACUCCAUGGCUGCUAGAAAGACAGUUCUGGCCCUGGAAAGAGAGGAUGAGGAGGAGAGGAACAAGACCAUUGAGAGUCUGAAGACAGCCUUAAGAACACAGCCCAUGAGGUUUGUGACACGCUUCAUCGACCUGGAUGGUCUGACGUGUAUCCUGAACUUCCUGAAGAACAUGGACUACGAGACCACGGAGUCUCAGAUUCACACCUCGCUCAUCGGCUGCAUCAAGGCGCUGAUGAAUAACUCUCAGGGCCGAGCUCACGUCCUCGCCCACUCCGAGAGCAUCAACAUCAUCGCCCAGAGCCUGGCCACUGAGAACAUCAAAACCAAGGUGGCUGUGCUGGAGAUCAUGGGGGCCGUGUGUUUGGUGCCAGGAGGUCACCGGAAGAUUCUGGAGGCCAUGCUGCAUUACCAGAAGUUCGCUAGUGAAAGGACGAGAUUUCAGACUCUUCUGAAUGAUCUGGACAGAAGCACAGGGCGGUACAGAGAUGAGGUGAACCUGAAGACGGCGAUAAUGUCCUUCAUCAACGCUGUGCUGAGUCAGGGGGCAGGAGAGACCAGUCUGGAGUUCAGAAUUCACUUACGCUACGAGUUCCUGAUGCUGGGCAUCCAACCGGUCAUCGACAAAUUACGAACGCAUGAGAACGCCACGCUGGAUCGGCAUUUGGACUACUUUGAAAUGCUACGGAAUGAAGACGAGCUGGCCCUGGCGAAACGCUUUGAAAACGUUCAUAUAGACACUAAAAGUGCCACUCAGGUGUUCGAGCUGAUCCGAAAGAAGAUCAACCACACGGACGCCUUCCCGCACUUUAUCUCUGUCCUGCAGCACUGCCUCCACAUGCCCUAUAAACGGAGCGGGAACACAGUGCAGUACUGGCUCCUCCUCGACCGAAUCGUCCAGCAGAUCGUCCUGCAGAACGACAAAGGUCACGACCCCGAUGUGGCUCCUUUAGAGAACUUCAAUGUGAAGAACGUGGUGCGAAUGUUAGUCAAUGAGAACGAAGUCAAACAGUGGAAAGAGCAGGCGGAGAAGAUGAGGAAAGAACACCACGAUCUGCAGCAGAAGCUGGAGAAGAAGGAGAGAGAGUGUGAUGCCAAGGCUCAGGAGAAGGAGGAGAUGAUGCAGACGCUCAAUAAGAUGAAAGAGAAGCUGGAGAAGGAGAGCAGCGAACACAAGCUGGUCAAACAGCAAGUGGCUGAACUGUCCGCCCGACUGCACGAGCUCAGCACCCGGCCGAACGUUCCUGGUGGUCCUCCUCUUGUCCCUGGGGCCCCUGGAGGCCCCAUUCCUCCUCCCCCAGUGCCUACUGACAUCCCUCUACCUCCUCCACCUCCAGGUGGGGCUCCACCUCCACCUCCACCUCCUCCACCUCCUCCAGGUGGUCCCCCGCCACCACCUGGCCUACCCUUCGGUGCACCCCUGCUGCCUGGAGGUCCUGGGCUGAAGAAGAAGAACAUCCCUCAACCUUCAAAUCCACUCAAAUCCUUCAACUGGACCAAGCUUAAUGAGAAUAAACUGGAAGGGACAUUGUGGAUGGAUAUGGACGACGUUAUGGUUUUUAAGGUCCUGGACUUGGAGGACAUCGAGAGAACCUUCUCAGCCUACCAGAGACAGCAGGACUUCCUUCUUUUCAAUAGCUUUAGACAGAAAGAGUCUGAAGACGGCACACUGACCCUUAAGAAGGUGAAGGAGCUUUCGGUCAUCGAUGGACGUCGAGCGCAGAACUGUAACAUCCUCCUCUCACGGUUAAAGUUGUCCAACGAUGAGAUUAAGAGGGCCAUCCUGACCAUGGACGAGCACGAGGAUCUUCCUAAAGACAUGCUGGAGCAGCUGCUGAAGUUCAUUCCUGAGAAAAGUGACGUGGACCUUCUGGAGGAACACAAGCAUGAGCUGGACCGGAUGGCCAGAGCUGACCGCUUCCUCUUCGAGAUGAGCAGGAUCAACCAUUACCAGCAGCGGCUGCAGUCUCUCUACUUCAAGAAGAAGUUUGCAGAAAGAGUCGCGGAAAUCAAGCCGAAAAUCGAAGCUCUAAGCACGGCGUCUAAAGAGGUGCUGCAGAGCCGGAACCUGCGGCAGCUUCUGGAAGUGGUGCUGGCUCUGGGGAACUACAUGAAUAAAGGGCAGAGAGGAAACGCUUACGGCUUCAAAGUGUCUUCACUCAACAAGAUCGCUGACACCAAGUCCAGCAUCGACAAGAACGUCACUCUGCUGCACUACCUGAUCACCAUCCUGGAGCAGAAGUACCCCAAGGUGGUGCUGUUUCAGGAGGACCUGCAGAACGUUUCAGAAGCGGCUAAAGUCAACAUGACUGAACUGGAGAAAGACAUUAAUAACCUGCGCAGCGGCCUGAAGAGCGUGGAGGCAGAGUUGGAGUAUCAGAAGGGUCGUCCUGCAGACUCUGGCGAUAAGUUUGUGUCUGUGGUCAGUCAGUUCAUCACCGUGGCCAGUUUCGGCUUCUCUGACGUGGAGGAUUCACUCCAGGAGUCGAAGGAGCUGUUCCAGAAGGCGGUGAAGCACUUUGGAGAGGACUCCAGCAGCGUGCAGCCUGAUAAUUUCUUCGGUAUCUUUGACCAGUUCCUGCAGGCCUUCACUGAGGCCAAACAGGACAAUGAGAACACCCAGCGAAAGAAGGAGGAGGAGGAGCGCAGGGCACGCAUGGAGGCUCAGCUGAAGGAGCAGCGGGAGAAGGAGCGACAGGCUCGGAAAGCCAAGGAGAACAGCGAGGAGGGCGGGGAGUUUGACGACCUGGUGUCCGCGCUCCGCUCCGGAGAGGUGUUCGACAAAGACCUGUCCAAAAUGAAGCGAAACCGCAAGAGGCCGAACAACCAGGGCGGAGAGACGAGCAGAGAGAGACCAGUCACCAAGCUCAACUUCUGAGCCGUCUGUGAGUAAACACUGACACAACGGCGCCGCCUGGUGGUGGAGCCCGGGAACUACAACGGUGUCAGUUUCUUACAUAAACUCCAGAUUCGACUUGAACUUUGUGGACGUGAUUCACUUUGUCAAAGCACAAGGAAGAGUUAGUAUUAUCUCUGAUCUAAACUGGAAGGCGCAUCCACUUAUCUGUGCUGGCUGCCAAAAUACUAUUUGUUUUGAUUUUUUUUGUUAUUUUUCUUCCUCAGUAUUUCUGUAAACAUGUCCAUACUGAAAGUGUUGGUCUGCAUUGAGUUCAGCACCGAUUUCUAUGGUGCUGGUACGUUGAAGCAAGCGGCUCGUGAAGAUACGGUGGGAUUCCCAUGUUUGGGAAUAAAGGGCUAUGUUCCAUCACAGUGCAGCAGGGAUUACAACUCCAUUAAAACCUCUUCAUUAAUCAUACUGGUCAUUACAGUGGGCAGAAAUGAAAGGAAUAUCCCAAAAAGAUGUAACCUGGUCUCCUGUGUUUACUGUAAGGUGGAGUAUUUUGUAAAAGAACAGACUCAAAACUCUCUUACAGUGAUAGUCAAUGGGUAGUUGCUGCAUUCUGUGAACGAGCCUUUGAAUUUUUUGACUCUGUACCACAAAUGUGACAUUACAGUUCCAGUCUAACAGUUCCAGGUGUUCGGAUGAGACCGAGAAGCUGUUCUUAAAAGGAUUUAUCCAAAUUUGCAUCACUGGAGUGACAGUAAAAAAAAAAAAAGUACCUGUGGUUACUUUUGCUUUUCCGAGACUUUUUCCAACUAUUCAGAGAUGUUGACUCGAGUCAGUGACUCGGACUUGAGUCGCAUGCUGACUGACUUGCAAGUUGCGCUCAUUAAAUGUAGCCUGAGGACAGAAACACACGAUUAAACUGAUUAAAGUAGGGCCGCCAACCCUAAUGCUAAGGUCAUGGGCACUCAUUACUGCCGUGUCGUCAGCAGCAUCAGGUUUGACAUGGCUUUAAAUAACGAGCCUGUCAUUAUAGAAAAACCUUCCGCCUCAAAGGACAGAACUAAAGUGCUGCACACAGUAAAUGCAGUGAUUAACCUUUUCAACUCCUCGAGACCACCGGUGGGUCCAAACCGCGCUUGGUCAUGUUCUUCAUAACGUUCAUAUUCCAUAAGCUCCAUUCAGAAGCUGGGCGUCGUGUGAGGCUGUAGCUCUUCU